AUGUAUGCAAAUUUGCAAUAAAAUUUGGUACUUCAAUAAAAGCCCGCGCCGCGUAUUCUCCACCAAGCAGCAAGCACGAAUUUCUUAAGGGUUCUAGUAAUAACAUUUCCAGUGGCCGCCAAAUUUCGCGGGAGAAAAAAUGGCCGUUAGAUUUAAACAUCCCAAGCAAUCCCUCUCCCUUUCUUCAGAAUACGUUAAUAAGUUCAUCAAAACCCAAAUAAACCUUUCAAAGCCCCCUCCAAAGCUCUGGUCUGAUCAACAUGAUGCUGAAUCUUUUGACCCAUACAACAACAAUAGUGCACAGAUAUUGAAUUUAAGCCACCCCAUUUUACGUAUCUUAGAUUCUUGCACCCCAAACUUGAAAUAUUUUAAUCAAAUACAUUCCCAGCUCAUACUUUCAGGCAUUUUUCAACACCCUUUAGCUGCAGGUCGAGUUGUGAAGAAACUUUGCUCUUCACAGCUCACUUUAACUCAUGCUGUAAAGAUUUUUGAGAAUCUUGAAACCCCAGAUGCUUUUAUUUGUAAUACAAUCAUGAAAAGUUUUGUGAAUUUUGAUGAACCAAGUAAAGCUUUGUUUUUUUACUAUGAUCAGAUGGUUAAAAAUGGAAUAUUUCAGAAUAAUUAUACCUUUCCGAUAUUGUUUAAGGCUUGUGCUGAUUUGGGUAUGGUAAAAGAAGGUAAGAAGAUUCAUGCCCAUAUUGUGAAAUGUGGGUUUGAGUUGGAUUUGUACACUAGGAAUGUUUUGAUUCAUAUGUACUCAGUUUGUUGGCGGAUUGAUGAUGCACGGAAGGUGUUUGAUUUAAGUUCUGACUCAGAUUUGGUGACUUGGAAUACUAUGAUUGACGGGUAUGUGAAAAAUGGAGAAGUGAAUUUUGCGCGUCGUGUUUUUGAUGUAAUGCCGGAAAGGGAUGUAUUUAGUUGGAAUUCCAUGUUAUCUGGAUAUGUGGGGAUUGGAGAUAUGGAGGCUGCAAAUUUACUGUUUAUGGAUAUGCCUUCGAGGGAUAUUGUUACUUGGAAUUGUUUGCUCGAUGGGUAUGCUAAUGUUGGAAAUGUAGUAGCUGCCCGUUCUCUGUUUGAGCAGAUGGAUUAUCAGGAUGUAGUAUCUUGGACAACUUUAAUGGCUCUUUAUGUGAGACUAAAGGACUAUGGGGAAUGUUUGAGAUUGUUUGAUAGAUUGAUGCAGGGAAGAGAUAUUCAGCCAAAUGAGGCAAUCCUUAUGAGUGUUUUGACUGCUUGUGCACAUUUAGGGAAACUUGAUCUAGGAAAGUGGAUACAUUCUUAUAUAAGUUAUAGUAGGAGGAUUAACCCUGACACGUUGCUUUCAACUGCCCUGUUGACAAUGUAUGCCAAGUGCGGGCAGAUGGAUUUAGCGAAGGAGGUAUUUGCUCAGAUGCCAGAGAAAAGUGUUGUGUCGUGGAACUCUAUGAUAAUGGGUUAUGGAACCCACGGGCACGGUGAGGAAGCACUUGAAACAUUCAUGGAGAUGGAAAAAAGUGGAGUGAUGCCUAAUGAUGCUACGUUCGUUUGUGUUCUAAGUGCAUGUACUCACUCAGGGAUGGUAUUAGAGGGCUGGUGGUAUUUUAAUGUGAUGACUAGAGUUUAUAGAAUAGAGCCUAAAGUUGAGCACUACGGCUGCAUGGUUGAUCUUCUUGGGCGAGCUGGUUUGACGAGAGAUUCUGAAGACCUUAUCAAGAAUAUGCCUAUGGACUCUGGACCGGCAUUAUGGGGAGCUUUGCUUUCGGCUUGCAAGACCCACUCAAAUGUGGAACUUGGUGAGAUCAUAGCCAAGAGAUUAAUUGAGAGGGAUCCAGAGGAUAUUGGAUCGUAUGUGCUUCUGUCCAACAUAUAUGCUGCGCAAGAGAGAUGGGGUGACGUGGAGAAGGUAAGAAAUAUGAUGGUUGUAAAGGGAAUUAGAAAGGAAGCAGGAUCUAGCCUAGUCCAAUUUGCAAACUCGAACAUGUGGUGUUUUCCAGAAGAUGUUUCAGUACACAAGAGAAAUAUAUUGUGUUCCAUGUUGAAUGAGAUGGGAGUUCAGAUCAAAUGCCAGAGUGAAAGGUGAUGGAAUGAAGGAACUUGAAUAUAGGGAAUGCCUUCGAGGCAAAAGAGAUAGCGGAUCGAGGACAUCAAACUCACAGAACAAAACUGCAAGAGCUUUUGAGCUAAGACCCACGUUUCUCUGCAUAUUUCAGGUACAUCAGAAAGUUUGGCAUGGUACCGCAAGUACAUUAUAUGCUUGUUUGACUUUAUACAACUGACCUGCAACUUUUGUGGUGGGACGAGAACUGACAAUUGGAAUAGCGAAAGUGAACAUCACUGGUGGAAUUCUUGAAAGUUUAGAAUUUAAAAAGGCUGAGAUAUCCUCAGGUUGAAGAAAAAGUCAGUAGUUGAUAACUUAAGAUAAUCACAUAUGGCAGUGAAAUCCCAAAGUUAAUAAGCUGAGCUCUCCAAGAUUUCCUACUUAGGUUUUCCCCCCAUAAUAUAUCUGAAGAUUCUUCAGGUUGAGAUAGCUGGUGGAUUCUAAUCAUACAGCAUCUUCCUUUGUAUUCUGUAACGAUCACAGUUUCACCCCCUUUGCCUGCAACACCCGCAGCUACUGUAGUAUUUUUGCAGUUGACUUCUUUGCCUCUUCUUGAUUACUUGUGUUAUUAUUAAGAGCUUAGAGGUUCUCAUGUCUACAGUCUUGUGACCAGAAUUAAUGUUCUAUUUAUACAGGUUAAUUU